AGCCAAGACGCAGUUAUGCGUCGACAUUAAUUCCAGUCGAUAGUGUUCCACGCGAUACAUCUACCUUCUUCCGUUGAAAAUCUUCUAGAUCCCAAACAGCAUCGAGAAAAUAAUUGUCGCGCGUUCCCAAUUACCGGAUACUCCAUUAGGAGCGUUUGUGUCCCCCAUAAGUGCAUUUGAAUCAGAGGAAUCAGUGUGCCAACGUUUCAGGAUGUUAUCGGAACCGAAAUUCAAAGGGAUGACCGGCUGAGAGUGCGCAGGAGCUUCUGGAAUCGACUCCCACAGGGGUGGAGAAGGUGGUAGCGGCUGGUUUGCGCAGACGCUCGAGAUUUCCCGGGAAUCGGGUCUUUCCGGGUCUCCGACACGGUUUUCCCUCGUCCGGUUCACUUCAGCGGGCGACGUGCGACACGGCAACAGGUGACGAGGACCAACUCCGCGCGAACAUCCUCGAAACGAGCUGAGAAAGGAUCGCGGAACGAGUGACGUGACGGUGACGUGUGGGGAACCACGCGCGUUACACUCGAGACCAGUCGACCGAUAUCCACGACACCGGCCAACACUGUCCCCCAGGUGUAACCGUACGAACCGCCAGGAAGAACACCGUCCGAGAAACAAUCGAAAAAGAACCGGAAUUAACGAGGGAAAAUGAGCGUCGAGGACGCCAUCAACUAUAAGCCCAGCGAGGAGGAGGAUUAUUAUGCUCUCCUCUCGUGCGACGAAUACGCAACGAUAGAACAAAUCACAGCCGAGUACAAGGUCCUGGCUCUUCAAUACCAUCCUGACAAGAACGAAGGCGACAAGGAAGCUGAGAGGAAGUUUCAGCAGCUGAAGCACGCGAAAGAGGUUCUCUGCGACCCUGAACGGAGGAGCAAUUACGACAAAUGGAGGCGUAGCAAAAUCGGUAUCAGUUACAAGCAAUGGCUCGGGAUGAAAGAACACGUUCACCAAUCGAUGCACUGGAGCACGCCGAAGACGAAGGAUCGCAUGCUUCCGGACGCGUCCGGGGAGGCUGGUGGUUCUCCGGGUCACACCGUGGGCCAACCACCGAACGCGCACAGGAGAGCCUCGGAGGGUGGUGCAAACAUUUACUAUGGUGCGCGUCGCGACCUCGGAUGGGAUUCCAAGGCGCCCAGCGAGGUCGCCAACAAGUUCCGCAACUACGAGAUCUAAGUUAGUCGACGGAGGUUCGAGGGGGGAUUCUUCGGAGUCCGCGUCGCCAGGACCAACAAUCACUUACUGCGUGUCUACCUUGACGUAUAUCGAAUGGAAAAACCAUAACACGUAUUAUAAUAACAUCAUCUCAGCAUGAAUUAAUCGUUCGUCAUUGUCCAACCGAUGGGAGGAAGAGAGAUAUAUUACGGAGUCCUGGGGGGGAAGAUCCGGAAUCCAGGAUUCUCCGGAAAUUAUUUUUUUCGUUAUAGAGAAGAACGGAGGAACACGGAGAGCUCGAAAUUUUGAAUGUUUCGCGAGGACAGAGACAUAAUUAACUCAGAGAACAAGUCGAAGAGCGUGUGCUGACAAGGUAUGAUUUACUUCGUGCAAAUCUGAUUUUGAGAUCAUCUUUUAGAAAAGUUUGGACGUUCCGGCGGUCGAGGGAAACCUUGGCUAAGGGACUAUCGGACGACGGACGGGUGUCGUUGUUUGCCGCCUUUUUGUUAGAUUUCUUUUCUUAUUAUCGUCGCGUUGUUGCGUUCCGAUUUGCGAGAGAACAGGUACGGAAGAUACGCGGCAGUGCUGCCUGGAGAAAUCGGGGACGUCGGGAAGUUCGUUCUACAAUCGGUUGGACGGUGCUUUGAUGUCGUAUCGAGAGAAGUUAAAUUUUCACGAUUCCACGAAGGAAUCCGAACGUAAGAGAAUAACUAGUUGUUUCUACUUGUGCGUUACUCGCAACGGAACACUUAAGUGGUCGCGCAGCUUCGUUCGCGAACAAUCGACGCAUGUUUUUUUACCAUUGGUAGAUUUUUGAAAGGAGAAGCAAGCGUCAAUCCUAUUGUUUUUUCAAUUUUACUUUACUUAGAAACGAUCCUCCUUCGUUAAUGUAAUUAAAACGGGGUGUUGUUUAUACGGAAACAAUGAAACACGAACUGGGAUCUACCACUUAAGUAGUUCUUUCAUCGUCGAGUAGCUAGAAGGAUAAAAAAAGUAACUCGUUAUUUCUACAUUGAAUGCUCCUCAGUGGAAUGUUUAAACAGUUUAGACUUCGACCGGUAUGCCUUUCGAAAACUUGUUUCGAAGGUCUGUUUUCAGACGGGAUUUCUGGCGCGCUGAGGUAAACGAAAUAAACUGUUUAAAGUUUAAACAAUCGCUAUUGUCCACUGUCGAGUAAAUCGAUGACGGCGCACUUGUACCUGUGUCAAACGCAAGAUGUAUAUCGUUCUUUCUCGACGAUAUUUGAAUGUUCGAAAGUCCAAACACUACACCAUAGAUUUUGCAUCGCCCACUUCUGUACUUCCAUCAACCCCUUCGUUGAACAAGCAAAUCAACCCUGGUUCCCGUGAACAAUGAAUCUGUGGAGAACAAAUAUGGUUUUACCGGUUUAGAUAAAUGGAUAUACGCGACGGAGAGUGAUUUAUUACAAAGACAACAGGACGUAUAGCUUCCUAAUUAGACGAAUUUACGAUUAAUGAUACCGAAAAUCUCAUAGAAGGCGGUGUGCAUUGUUUCUACACGAUGACCACCGUCUACUUCCCGUGACAAAUAGGUCAGCAUCCGCAACAAAAUUGCUAUGAUUUUAAAAUAAACGAUCCAUGCCGUCCCAGCGAAGGGGUUGAUCGCAAACUCGUCGUACUUUCAUCGAUAGAGUCCCUUCUCGCAGCAGCGAGUCACGUCAUUGAAUUUUGUUGUUAAACAGCGUACUCUUAUCGUUGUAUGGUUUGUUUUUCUCAUAAAAGAUCGCGAUAGCUAGCGUCGUUCGGUGAAUAAUUUUCCAAUGUAAUAAAAAUCCUUCGGUACGUUGUGUUCGACGUAAUUAAGACAUGCAGCUGUAGCAGCUGAUGAUUGAUACCCCAAAAUAGCACAGCUGACUCGUGUGUGUAUCGAUGUGACCUUUCGGUAUUAAUUUUAAGGCUCGGAGGCACGGCUUGACUCGAAAAGUCUCGUUUCUCUCGAAUCGUUUAUCCCUCGUGUCGAAAAUAUAAUCUCGCGUGCAAAUUUCGCUUUGAAAAUUUUCACCGUGGCGAAGCACGCAACAACUACUCGUGAAAACCCUAGUUCGACAUCGAUUCCUCGCCCUCCCCUCACCCUCUCACCCACGACGUAAAUCGUAAACUAAGAAUGAAAUGCGUGCGAGCUCUAUGCAUAUCUACAGCGACGGUGCAAGGUUUUCGCAAUAAAAUCCAGAAUCGUAGCAAUACUCCAUCGUCGGGUGUACUCGAAGCUACACCCACGCGCCCCAUCGAUCGCGGAUAUCGAGAUCGGAGUUUCGAAUUUUAAUUGCGGUGAAACGAAACGCGAUAGUGCGUACGCGUUGAAAUUAGAGUAACGUCGGCUCCACUCUCGAUAUUUUUCGGUGAAAAUUCUCCGCUAAACUAGGAAAGGGACGCCCAAUUUGUGGAGCGCGUGGAGCCCCACGGCGUACAAGUCAAUAUCGCAUCGGUAAAACGAGACAAGCUCGAAGGGCUUGAUUGUUUUUACUAAUCACUUACGGAGUAAAAGGGACAACAACCGAAGCAAGUAGAACAUCUUUGAUGCAAGGAUUUCCUCAAAACUACGAUUCCCUUCGAAUCCCCUUGCAGCAAACGUGUUCUAUUUUCAAGAUUCACGGAUCAACGAUAGUUAGACAAUUUUCACCGAUCGACUAAUAAUUUCUAACACACCGAACCAAGUCGCGUGCAUUUUAAAAUGUCCAUUAGCGGCGUGAUAAAUUGUCGAGUCCGGGAGAAGUUUGAGAAUGAGCCUGAAGAAUCUCGUCGCGGACGAAACUUCCAAACAAUACUGCACCUAUGUGUCCUACAUCUAUAUUUUUCUAGACGCGUCUGCGAACCUUGUACCUAUAAUCUGUUUAUCAUUUUCGCGCGAUCGAUCUAUCGACGAUAUCGUGCAUUCGAGAAAGGGACAGGGAGAAAGCGGUCGCUCGUUGAAUUUUCGCGAACAGUAUUUCGCCUCGCGUGUCCAAGGAAUUCAGCAAACGAGAAUUUCUCCAGUCCCUCCGAAACGUGUGAAUCUCUGUUACGUACGUAUAAAUAUAUAAAUAUAUAUAUACACAUAUGAUGUAUAAAAUAUAUAUUCGUCACGCGCUGGACGACGCGACGACAUGUAUUCGUACCAUUAAAGGUUCAAUAAAUGUGUUUAAUU